UUACUUUUGUCGGAAUAAUUACCAUCAGUUAGACGGAAAACCCUAACUGGAUAACUAGGAGAGGGAACGGCAUUACACAAUUAUGUUUUAUUGUUCUAACGAAAGGUGGUAUUGUAAUCAAACUAAUAAGGAAAAGGAAGCAAACUGCGUUCUUUUUGCUCAUAAUUAUGCAUACACUUGGGAUUUGCUACUCACUUUAGUGAGCAGGGGAUUGCGUAUUUUUGCUAAGCAGUCGAUCUUCCCUAAGCUGUCCCACCGUGUCGGAAUUUGAGAAGAGCAGGAAAGGGGGCUAAUAGUAUGACUGUGGGAGGGACAAAGAGGUCUAGACUUCCACCCCAGUUUUGAAGCGGGAGCAGAAAAUAAAGGCCGGUAAUGGUGGUGCAUUAUUAACUAAAGAUUGCUAUUGUCUUUCAAAUCUAAGACGCUGGCGUUGCAGUUGCAGAACAUUUUUUUUUCUUUCUGUCCCAUUACUGAUUUUUUCGGAAGUACAGAUAACAACAACUACUACAAGAGCAACAUUCUGUUUGGAUCCAGUUUACGUCCCUCUAUUUCUAAAAUCUACGACCGCUAGUGUGCAUGUAAAUUGCUGGGCCGUUUUUUGUCAGGCUAAUAUCUUUGCUUCCUUUUAUCUAAGCCAAGAAGAGGAUAUCGGCAGCAUCGAGGAGAAAGGAAGGGGAAAUCUGAGAAGGCCUUUAUGCACAGAAGCCUGCUUGCUUUGAUAUCCCAGAGAAUUAACAGAAAAUGCAAAACAGUGAAGUAAUAAAGCCUGCCAAAUACUUUUCUGAAGUGGAGAAGAGUGUGCUGCUGGCAUUAGUUGAGAAAUAUAAGUAUGUACUUGAGUGUAAAAAGAGUGAUGCAAGGACUAUUGCAUUGAAACAACGGACCUGGCAGGCCCUCGCUCAUGAAUAUAAUUCCCAACCAAAUGUAUCACUCCGAGAUUUCAAGCAGUUGAAAAAAUGCUGGGAGAACAUCAAGGCUCGGACAAAGAAAAUAAUGGCACAUGAAAGACGAGAUAAGGUAAAAAGAUGCAUUAGUCCACUUAUAAGUAAUCACGUCCUAGGAAAAGAGAAGAUCACCAACAUGAUACCAGACCAAGUAUAUUUUUUACAGACUCCACCAGAAGAAGAUUCUGAAUAUCAGCCUGAAACUUCUAAUCAAGAAUCUUUCAGUGUUAUUAACAAAGAAUCAUGUGAUGAAGAGAAAGGACUUGUACAUUUCCAGGUAUGUGAAGGUACCUCACAAUCUGAGCCUUCCUGUUCAGCAGUCAGAGUAACUGGAAAUAAAAAUUUCAGAAAUAAAGCUGCUCAAGAAAGUGAUUUGAAAAAGAUGCAUGAAGAGGAGCACCAUCAGCAAAUGUCUAUUUUACAGCUGCAACUGAUCCAAAUGAAUGAAGUGCAUGUAGCAAAAAUUCAACAGAUAGAAAGGGAAUGUGAAAUGGCUGAAGAAGAACACAGGAUCAAGAUGGAAGUGCUAAAUAAAAAAAAAAUGUACUGGGAAAGGAAACUUCAGACAGUUACAAAAGAAUGGCCUGUUUCAUCUUUUAACAGACCAUUCCCUAAUUCACCCUAGUACAUGCAGCUGCUGCUGGUUCAUUAGACUGAAGUAACUUGGUCAUCAGAAAAUAGUUUGAGAAUUAGGUUCAAUUCCUGUAUUUAGAAUGACAAUGUAAUUGUUGGCUAUGAACAAAUGUCAAGGAAUACCUAAAAUAGGGUUUAGGUAGGUUUUCAUUUAAUAAAACAACAAAGAAAUCUCCAUAUUUUUGACUUUAUAAUGGAAUUUCCAAGUAUGCCCAAUAAACCACUCUUUUCCAUGGUAGCCAACUCAAUCCAAUUGGAUAUUUUAUGUUAUUUUAUUUUUGUAGCUGAAUUUUUCAAUUAAUUAUUUAAUGAUGAAUGUAUAUUACGGUACAGUUAUUAAGACUUGAAGAGUGAUUCAGUUGAAUUAUCAAGCAAGGUAAAAAGGGUGAUAAUAUAGCAAUUGCUGUACAAGAAAAGGAAUUCAGAUUUCCAAAGCUGUCUGAUUGGCUGUCUGUUCAGUCAUAGUUAUAAUUGUGGAAUAGUAGAAAUAUGUGUUCCCCCCUUUCACUUCUUUUCUGAUAGAUCAUCUAGUCUGUUGCCCUUGAUUUGCACUGUAUGGCACAAUCAGCCCACUAGCUGGUAAAACUCACACUGGCAUCUGGCCUGCAGUAAAAAGAAAUAGCCCACUUCUAUUUGCAUCUAGUCCUAUGAAUGUUUUAUCCAAAGUAAAUGCUUAUAGAGUUUGCAAUUUAUUAAUUUUAUGCAAGUACUGCUUGUGAAUGUUUGUGGCUUCCUGCUACUAUGUAUACACAUACUGGACAUAAUUUUAGAGGUACAAAAUGCUUGAAGCAGCCCUUGUAGAACUUUUACCUUUGAACAGAUUAUUAAGAGCUGAAGGAAACAAAUACAAUAUGAAAUAGAAAGAUAGAUAUUUUAUCUUUAAAAU